CCUUGGGGUCCUCUUCCCCUUCUCUUCAAAUUCUCCUCCUCUCCCUCCUUCCUCUCUCUCACCUCUCUCCUCCGCCAUGGCCCCUCAGGCUUCUCCUUUCCUCCAUCACCAUUCCCACAAGCUCUUCUUCUUCUCUUGUCCCUCCUCUUCCUCCUCCUUCUCCCGUUUCCAUCACAGGAAACCACUCGUCUCUCUCCCCUCCUCUUCCACUUCUUCGUCUUUGUCAUCAUCUUCUGCGUUUUCGACACUCUCUUUGUUCUCGGAGUUUCCGUACAGGGAGCGGCGCUGUUCUUACCAGGUUACGCGCGUGUCGACGGCGCCGGUGGAGUACGCGACUCCUACUCCGCCGGAAUCCGACGAUUUUCUAUCGGAAAUCGCUCGGCUCAAAUCUCUCCGCUCGAAACUAGCCGUUUCGAGGGAAUUACACCAGAAGGACGCUGUCAUUGACGCCGAUUCCAGAGUCCGUCGAUUCUUCACCGAGAAUCGCGGCGGUUUCGCUGAGGUUUUGGGUUCGAUUGGAUUGAAUUUGAGAGAGAUGUUCCUCGCCAAGUGUUUGGUCGCGGCGGGGCAAGAACACGCGCUUUCUCUCGGGUACGAGGAGGCGUUCGGGGAAGCGGAGGAGUAUUCGGUGAGAAGUUCGGUGAAGAACGCGCUUUACGCGUUGGUGGAGAUGAUAGAGAGAUUCGACAUUAACAGCAAUGGCGUCGAGGCUAGAAGAGAACAUGGUGUGGUCCUAAGUGCCGAAGAGGUUGGUCGUUUGAGGAAGUUCUUGAAGUUCCUGGAAGAUGUUGAACAGUUCUAUGACUGCAUUGGUGGAAUCAUCGGAUAUCAGAUAAUGGUUCUCGAGCUCCUUCACCAAGCGAGUAAGAGGCAGAUUACUAACCGAUCACAGCUUGUGGAAGAAUCCUUGGAUUGCCAGUAUUUAGAAAUACAUGCUCCUAACGUCAUUGACCUUACCCAGAAAAAAGAGUAUGCUUCUCAGGCGGCAGUUUGGGGAAUUGAGGGUUUGCCAGAAUUGGGUGAAAUAUACCCGUUGGGAGGCGCAGCAGACAGACUAGGUUUGGUUGAUCCAGAAACAGGUGAAUGCCUUCCUGCAGCGAUGCUUAAUUAUUGUGGACGGACUUUGUUGGAGGGCCUUAUAAGAGAUCUUCAGGCUAGAGAGUUCCUCUACUUCAAACUUUAUGGGGAGCAAUGUAUCACACCUGUUGCGAUUAUGACAAGUCCUGCGAAGAACAACCAUGAACAUGUAACUUCUCUUUGUAAAAGAUUCAGAUGGUUCGGAAGAGGUCAAUCUAAUUUCCGAGUCUUUGAACAGCCUCUCGUCCCAGCUGUCAGUGCUGAGGACGGUCAAUGGAUAAUAUCAGAGCCAUUUGUGCCGGUUAGCAAACCUGGUGGCCAUGGAGUCAUUUGGAAAUUGGCUCAUGACAAAGGCGUCUUUAAGUGGUUUUAUGCACGUGGAAGAAAAGGAGCAACUAUCCGACAAGUUGGUAAUGUCGUGGCUGCCACAGAUCUGACCCUCUUGGCACUGGCUGGGAUUGGUUUACAGUAUCAAAAGAAACUUGGUUUCGCAUCUUGUGAAAGGAAUUCUGGGGCAACGGAAGGAAUUAAUGUGUUGGUAGAGAAGAAGAAUUCCGACGGGAAAUGGAAAUAUGGUAUAUCAUGCAUUGAGUAUACGGAGUUUGAUAAAUUCGGAAUCUCCAGCAAACCAUUUUCUUCAAAUGGUUCGCAGGCUAAUUUCCCCGCAAAUACAAACAUUCUAUAUGUGGACUUGCCUUCUGCCGAGUUAAUUGGAUCAAGCAGUAAUGCAAAAAGUUUGCCAAAUAUGGUUCUUAAUACAAAGAAGUGGAUUGAGUAUGUCGAUCAGUAUGGAGAUUACCACAAAGUUUCUGGGGGUAGACUGGAAUGUACGAUGCAAAAUAUAGCGGAUCACUUUUCUAAUACGUUUCCAUCUAGAUGUAUUGACAGUAUAGAAUUAGAAGACAAGCUGGAUACUUUUAUAGUUCACAAUGAAAGACGCAGGGUUACAUCGUCCGCCAAGAAGAAGAGAAAGCAAGCAAGUGGUGAAUUACACCAGACACCAGAUGGUGCGCUGUUGGAUGUACUCCGGAAUGCGUAUGACCUCCUUACGCAAUGUGAUAUUGAACUCCCCAAGAUCGAAGCUAACGAUAAAUAUGUGGAAUCCCCGCCUCCUUAUCUUAUCUUUCUACAUCCUGCUCUCGGCCCUCUUUGGGAAGUUAUGAGACAGAAAUUUAGCAGAGGGUCAAUCUCAAAAUGCUCGGAAUUGCAACUAGAAGUUGCAGAGUUCUGGUGGAACAAUGUUCAGGUUGAUGGUAGCCUGAUCGUCAUGGCGGAAAAUGCAAUGGGCUCAACAAGGAUCAAUGAAAAUGGUGAACCAAUAUUACAUUAUGGACAUAGGUGCGGGAAGUGUAAGUUGCAAAACGUCGAGAUACUCAACAGAGGGAUCGACUGGAACUGCAAAACAAACGUGUAUUGGAAACAUCAUGUGCAUCGGCUCGAGACUUGUAAAAUCGUAUUGCAUGGAAACGCGGAAUUUGAGGCCAGCAAUGUAACAAUACAGGGAGAUCAAGUUUUCGAAGUACCCGAUGGCCACAGACUGAAGAUAACACCGGCAAAUUCAGGGGGAGUGGACAUGAAGCUGGAGCCCAUCAAAGAAGAGUUGAUGAGCAGUGGGACAUGGGGUUGGAAAUACAAGCUGCAAGGAACCCACAUCCAGCUUCAACAACAACUAGCAGCAGAGGCCUCUUGAACCUCCCAAUUGAAUCCGUGCUACCAUUUGUGACAGUGCCGGGGUUUUAGAUAGUUCCUGUAACAUAUGAUAUAUAUAUAUAUAUAUAUAUGCUCUCUUCUCUUGUAAAUUGGUCAUGUUUGUUAGACAGUGCACUGCCCUCGUUUUAAGAAAAAAAAACUAGAGAUUGUAAUAUGCAAGUUACCAAGACAAAAAAAAAAAGCUGAAUGCGAUGUGCAAGUUAGACUUUUGAA